AUGUGCAUCUGCUUGUCCACAAUACUAUUAUUAUUCUCCCACACGACAUCUGUUCGAAUCCCAUGUGACCAGGGUAAUGUGGAAGUGUGGCUUGGUGACCUGCUCCGCGGUUCCCGACAUUCACUCCACUCUGUGAUUCGAUCGGCCUAUUUCGCAAUUAACGACUCGCAGUUCAAUCUGCUGGAUUUCGAGAACAGUUAUCCGGCACAAGUGGGUCUGCUAGGCAUUCAGCUGUUGUGGACGCGUGAUGCACAGGAAGCGCUGAGACAGGCCAAAUCGGAUCGACGAAUUAUGGCGAAAACAAACAGUUUCUUUUUGGAAAUCCUAAACGAACUGAUCGGAGUGACCACACAAGAAUUGUCGAAAAUUGAUCGUGUCAAAUUUGAAACUCUGAUCACCAUUCAUGUGCAUCAGCGAGAUAUUUUCAACGAUUUGGUCAAUAUGAAAAUCAAAUCUCCGAAGGAUUUUGAAUGGUUGAAACAAUCUCGUUUCUAUUUCAUUGAGGAGAAUGACCAAUGCGUGGUCAGUAUCACAGAUGUGGACUUUAUUUACCAAAAUGAAUUUCUCGGUUGCACUGAUCGUUUGGUAAUCACUCCACUGACAGAUCGAUGUUAUAUCACACUUGCCCAAGCUUUGGGUAUGUCCCUGGGCGGUGCGCCAGCUGGUCCAGCCGGAACCGGGAAGACCGAGACCACCAAAGAUAUGGGUCGUUGUUUGGGCAAAUAUGUGGUUGUGUUUAACUGUUCCGAUCAGAUGGAUUAUCGUGGUCUGGGUCGAAUUUACAAAGGCCUGGCUCAGUCCGGCUCGUGGGGUUGUUUCGACGAGUUCAAUCGGAUUGAACUGCCCGUCCUCUCGGUGGCCGCUCAGCAGAUCGCAAUUGUACUCAGUUGCAAGAAAGAACGUAAACCGCAGUUCAUAUUUACCGACGGGGACACGGUUGAAAUGGAUCCGGAAUUCGGGAUAUUUUUAACGAUGAACCCUGGAUAUGCCGGUCGACAAGAGUUACCGGAAAAUUUGAAAAUCAAUUUUCGCACGGUAGCCAUGAUGGUCCCCGACAGAGCAAUCAUUAUGAGAGUCAAAUUGGCCGCUUGCGGGUUCCUGAACAACGUAGACUUGUCGAAGAAAUUCUACACACUAUAUAAACUCUGCGAAGAACAAUUAUCCAAACAGGUUCAUUACGAUUUCGGUCUGAGAAACAUUCUAUCCGUGCUGCGCACAUUGGGUGCGUCGAAACGCGCCGCUCCACAGGACUCGGAAAUCAUGAUUGUGAUGCGUGGUCUUCGUGAUAUGAAUUUGAGCAAGCUGGUCGAUGAGGACGAGCCGUUGUUCAUGUCACUCAUUUUGGAUCUGUUUCCCGGGAUCAAUUUGGAGAAGAAGGGCUAUCCGGAUGUGGAAGCUUCCCUGGAAAGACAGGUUGACCAAUUGGGUCUAGUCUACCAUCCACCUUGGGUGCUCAAAUGCAUACAGCUAUACGAGACUUUGCGCGUUCGUCACGGUGUGAUGACCCUCGGUCCAUCAGGUGCGGGCAAGACCAAAUGCAUCAAUGCCCUGAUGAAAACGCUCACCGAGAUUGCCGAACCACAUCGGGAGAUGCGUAUGAAUCCGAAAGCAAUCACUGCUCCCCAAAUGUUCGGUCGUUUGGAUGUGGCCACAAAUGAUUGGACCGACGGGAUCUUUUCAACUCUAUGGCGGCGAACACAUAAAGUGAAGAAAGGGGAGCAUAUAUGGCUUAUUCUGGACGGUCCGGUGGAUGCUAUCUGGAUUGAGAAUUUGAACUCUGUGCUAGAUGACAACAAAACAUUGACACUGGCCAAUGGAGAUCGAAUCCCGAUGGCUCCAAAUGCGAAAAUUCUCUUCGAGGUGCACAAUAUUGACAAUGCCUCGCCGGCCACUGUUUCCCGGAACGGUAUGAUUUUCAUGUCCAGUUCAGUUAUGACAUGGGAACCCAUUUUGAAGGGUGAGUCCAUUCGGAAAUUUGUGCUGUCCCCAACAUCGUGUAUACUGAUUGCGUUCACGUUGCAAUGCAACUAUAUCCGACAGGCGAUUGAUAUUCUCGAGGGUUUGCUGAUGAGUUGUGACGAGAAAGAAUUGAAACGCAUUCAUANCGAGUUGGAAGAUCGACUCAAGCUACAACAAUGUCUCAGACAGAAUGGUCAUUUGCCAUUACCCCCGUGCGGCGCGGAUGACACCAUCUUCGAGUAUGUGGUAGAUGAACGCGGGGAAUGGGUACAUUGGGAAACGCGGGUGCCUAGCUACGUCUAUCCCACCGAUCACACACCGGAAUAUACGGGUAUUCUGGUCCCGAAUGUGGACAAUACAAGGACAGACUUUUUGUUGGAUAUUAUUGCCAAACAAUGCAAGCCGGUGAUGUUAAUCGGAGAACAGGGCACGGCCAAAACGGUGAUUGUCAAGGGCUAUUGCAGCAAAUACGACGCGGAAACACAUGCUUUCAAGUCUCUGAACUUCUCCAGUGCCACAACACCUAACAUGUUUCAACGGACAAUUGAAAGUUACGUGGACAAGCGUAUGGGUAGUACGUAUGGACCGGCAGCGGGAAAGAAAAUGACAGUGUUCAUUGAUGACAUCAAUAUGCCCACAAUCAAUGAAUGGGGUGAUCAAAUCACCAACGAGGUCACGCGACAGCUAAUCGAAAUGUCCGGAUUCUAUAGUCUGGACAAACCGGGUGAUUUCACCACGAUUGUGGAUAUUCAGGUCAGUGAUGAGGACUACUGUGAUCUGGACACUUGUGAGUGUGUGUGUGUGGGGGGGGUUGGUAUGAUAUAA